AGGGGGAGGGGGGCACAGGGGGCACUGUGCCAGUCACAGCUAUGGACCACUACACACACACACACCGCUCCAGGACAGCGCUCCUCACUCGGGUGGAGCGCUUCAGCGCGUGUCACCGCCUCCACAGUGAUUCUCUGAGUGCGGAGGAGAACGAGAGGAUAUUCGGAAAAUGUAACAAUCCUAACGGCCACGGCCACAACUACAAAGUGGAGGUCACAGUACGUGGGGAGGUCAACCCAAAGACUGGAAUGGUUAUUAACCUCACUGAUCUCAAGCAGCACCUUCAGGACGCCAUCAUGAAGCCAUUAGACCAUAAAAACCUGGAUAAAGAUGUCCCCUACUUUGCCAACGUUGUGAGCACCACAGAGAAUAUAGCCGUGUACAUCUGGGACAGGCUUCAGCAGUGUCUCCCAGUCGGGCUUCUGUAUGAAGUGAAGGUGCACGAAACCGAUAAGAACAUUGUCGUUUACCGUGGAGAAUAGAAGAGGACUUUAUACGUGAAUCACUGGCCUUAUUCCAGCGGCUCCUGACAGCGCCUCCCAGUGGACAUUCCCCUACACCGCGCGUCCACCUGAUUAAAUUUGAAUUGAAUUGCAAUGACA